GUUCAAAUGGGGCUCCUAGCAGCUCGUCGAUCGCAGAUGGUGGCCGGCCGACCGUCGCGAGCGCUCUGACGGAGUAGUAAUCGACCGCGUUGCACCGUGGCCGCGCUUCAAACCGACCUCACCCGUUGCCACGCCGAGCUCGAGUUGGUGUACUCGCUGAGCUAAUUUCUCAUUCUCUUCGUAGGGUUAACCAUCCGCUGACAGCGUUAGGUGAAAUCGAUUUUAGGAGUCACCUUUCACUUCCAACGGAGCACGUUAUACGUUUUGUGUUCUUUGUUGAAACUUGACGUGUUUGAUCGGCGGCCACCACGUGAGCGGCUCGCACAUGUGUUCGCUGCCGGCGACUGUGAUGCAGAUGACGACUACGGUUCAGCACGUGGGCAAGGCGGCGAUUGUGGUGCUUCAGAUUUUGCUACUUCACUCCCUCGUGUCCUUCGGUGCACAGAAAGCAGGUGGUGGUCGGUUGCCGCCGGCCUCCUCACCACAGGGGUCGUCAAAUGCGAGCUGCAGCAUGGCCGAGUUCGACGCCUGCAUGCGCAAGCUCAGCAGCAUCACCGAGUCGGACGAGCUUGCACUCGCCUCCACCAGGCACGAGCUGGACAUUCUCUGCAGCAAGUGGAAGGCGGGUCACCGCUGCGUCGACGAGCACAUGUCCCGCUGCUCGGACAGACUCAAGCAGAUCCUCUACAACGACGUGGUACAUGGCACGCGUCAGGUCAUGAAUGAGCUGUGCAGCCCGGGACGUAUGCAGAAUGAUUACCUUCGAUUGGCGCCGUGUUUCAAGAGCCUGUUCGUGGAGGGUGGCAAAUGCUCGCAGAAGUACAAGAGCAUGAUCCAGUGGUCCAAGGCAUCCACCGACAUGACAGAAGCCGCCAACGUCGAGGAAGGCCUCCGCAGGACCUGCUGCACGUUCAACGAGUACGUGCACUGCUAUUACGUCCACAUGCCGGAGCUGUGCGGCGAGGAAGGGCGCGACUUCUUCCGCACCUACACGGAAAAGAUGUCGGGGCCGCUGAUACACGAGCACUGUGCCUCCUACACGUACGACUCGACGUGCAGCGAGGCAGCCUCGGCAGCGGGGCCGUCCGCACCGCUGCGCCGGCACCGGCGGUGGGCGGCGGCCGCCUGCCUGCUGCUCACGGCUGCUGCCGCGUUGCUCUGACCACGUGGAUAGGCCUGGACAAGUGAUGUCUGCGAAUGUACUCCAUUCGACUCAACAGUGUUGUGCUGCGUGGGAGCUGCUUGACUGGUUGCUGUGCCAUGAAAUUCUCAGUACAUGAGGACGGUGUACGCAAAAUAACACUUCCUCUUCUUCGUGCUUGCUUGUUUUAGAUCUGAGCUCUUGGGCGCCCAUUCCUGCGGCGAGCGUCGACGUCGGCGUAACCGAGCAAAUGAGUAGAGCGAAGGAUAAAAGAGCGAACGCGGAACGCAACGAGGGAUAAAAGACGCGAGGAGGAAGGCGGAGGGUACGGCGAAAGCCUGAGAAGGAAAGCGCGGCGACGAUGGCUACGCGAUGACGCCACAGUAGCGCGCGUCGUCUGGGAGGUCCGUCUGCGGCGGCUGCUGUGAAUCGCGCCCACGCGUCACCCACGAGCGGCCUCUCGUGAUCUCCAGAUUACCGAGGCAUUCACGGCACACUUCACCAGUAACGUGACGCCUGAGACAGAUUGCCGCGCCAGCCAAUAUAUGGUGAAAUGAAAACAUAUAAGGCAGCACUCAAAUUUCGAGUUAAGGAGUAUCGUAAUCGUCGGUGAAUUUUUUUUCCUUGUCCUCUCAGCCCGUGCCCUCAAAUAGCCGACCUUUGUCUCCGUGCGCUUAGUCAGUUAGCCCAGUCACAAGCGUGUGCAAUGCGGCUGCUGAGCCGAGCCUGCUGUGGCACUUCGAAGCAUCCUGGCCAGUGAGAAGUGCUGAAUAUGUUAAGUCUCCAACACAAUGCAACGUCCCAAAAUAGUGAGCACGUGGAGCGCACUUGCGAUGUUUCCGGAGUGUUGUUGCCUGGUGUCGGUGGCCUAAUUUCACGCUGCGCGCGAUGGUCCCAAUGACAAAUUACGUUCCAACUGGGGUGCACACUUUAAGCGUUAUACCACAAGGAUCACAUCGCUGCCUGAAUAAAGCGUGGUCAUCGCGCUACGCAACAAAGAACGAACACUUUAACUACGAUAAAUGCACUGGUACCGUAAUCUUAUUGAGAGUGGAUACGCGAAUGCGAGGAGAAUAACCUCGUUAAAAACAUGCUGCGCGGCGUCGUGGCGCGACGCAGAAAACAAAAAGAAAAAAAGGGCACCCCCGUCACGAAUGGCUUGUAUUUUAAUUCUUUUUGUGGAACACUCACGAAAAGUAAUGGUUUCAUUCGAAUCAAAUGUGGACACAUUGCAUAAAUCACAUCCGCCGUGGUUGCUUAGUGGCUUUGGUGUUGGGCUGCUAAGCAAGAGGUCGCGUGAUGGAAUCCCGGCCACGGCGGCCGCAUGCCGAUGGGAGCGAAAUGCGACCAUCACCCUUGUACUUAGAUUUAGGUGCACGUUAAAGAAUCCGAAGUGGUCCAAAUUUCCGGAGUCCCCCCUCUACGGCGUGCCUCAUAAUCAGAAAGUGGUUUUGGCUAGUCAUCGUCAUCAUCAGCAGCAGCAUCAGCCUGGUUACGCCCACUGCAGGGCAAAGGCCUCUCCCAUACUUCUCCAACUACCCCGGUCAUGUACUAAUUGUGGCCAUGUUGUCCCCGCAAACCUCUUAAUCUCAUCCGCCUACCUAACUUUCUGCCGCCCUCUGCUACGCUUCCCUUCCCUUGGAAUGCAUUCUGUAACUCUUAAUGACCAUCGGUUAUCUUCCCUCCUCAUUGCGUGUCCUGCCCAUGCCCAUUUCUUUUUCUUGCUUUCAACUAAAAUAUCAUUAACUCGCGUUUGUUCCCUCACCCAAUCUGAUGUUUUCUUGUCCCUUAACGCUACCCCUAUCAUUCUUUUUUCCAUAGCUCGUUGCGUCGUUCUCAAUUUAAGUAAAACCCUUUUCGCAAGCCUCCAAGUUUCUGCCCCGUACGUGAGUACUGGUAAGACACAGCUGUUAUAAACUUUUCUCUUGAGGGAUAAUGGUAACUUGCUGUUCAUGAUCUGAGAAUGCCUGCCAAACGCACCCCAGCCCAUUCUUAUUCUUCUGAUUAUUUCAGUCUCAUGAUCCGGAUCCGCAGUCACUGCCUCUCCUAAGUAGAUGUAUUCCCUUACCACUUCCAGUGCCUCACUACCUAUCGUAAACUGCUGUUCUCUUCCGAGAGUGUUAAACAUUACUUUAGUUUUCUGCAGGUUAAUUUUUAUAUCCACCCUCCGGCUUUGCCUCUCCAGGUCAGUGAGCAUGCAUUGCAGUUGGUCCCCUGAGUUACUAAGCAAGGCAAUAUCAUCAGCGAAUCGCAAGUUACUAAGGUAUUCUCCAUUAACUCUUAUCUCCAAUUCUUCCCAAUCCAGGUCUUUCAAUACAUCCUGUAAACACGCUGUGAAUAGCAUUGGUGAGAUCGUAUCUCCCUGCCUGACGCCCCACAAUUUAAUUUAACCUUUAAUUGCAUAUAUCACAGCUUCGCAAGCAAUCGGAGCAAACGGUCUCUAAGGUUAAAUGUUCGCCCCUACCAGAUUCUCGCGUUCUUCUCCGCUCCCGAGCAGUAUCAACGCACACGGCUGGAAAUGUGCAGGAAUAUCAGAAGGAACGGCACCGCUCCCUCUCUCCUCUUGCGCGGCGCCUUAGCGCCGCGUGACGUGCAGUCGACGAGGCCAUCAUCCAAGCGCCCUCCUCCUCCCCUUGCGUAAAGAUGACGACAGCUCUCUCACGUUUAAGGCACUCACUACGGUGAGGGGGCCCGUGAUAAUAGUGAGCACGCUAUUCUGAUGGGCCAUGUAGUUGCUAAAUUGAGGGGGCCCUUUGUUGUUCCAUCACAUGUGCACCUAGUUUUGCUAGCCAGUUGACGGAGGGCGCGUCUCGUUGGGGUGCACAUUGACAACGUAACAACGCAUCGUUCUUCAUUGGAUCGCGGCUGCUAAAGCGGUAUCGACCCCCGCCCCAUGGGCUACGCAACAGGUCAUUUCGCUCACUUUGGCAUGUGCCCUCUGUGACAGGCGUGCUCGUGAAGCAUAGGACAAAAGUACAAGUACGCAGAAUUCAAACAAGAAAGAAAUAUUGCGGCAAGCUUAAAAAAAUUUCCCACGCCAUUCCAACUUAGAACCCUUCAAACAGGAACUCGACGCUUUUCCGCGGUGCCAUCAAGCAUUUUUUCCCUCCGUGGUAUUUGUUACAGUAAUAUGUAACUCAAUAAAACAUUCACCAGUUGCGGAAAGUCAUAAAAUGGCGGGCACAAUGACAGUCCCACACAGAAGACCGAGUACUGUUCAUACUUCAGGUGGAAAUGCUGGCUCCGCUUUUGCAGGAUGGUAACAAUAAACACCUAACCAAAAUGGGGUGCCAAUCCGGUUUGAUAUCAAGUCAAUCAUAAACGUGUUUUAAGUGCACAUUAAUCUGGAUGAAAUUCACCGUUGCAACUACAAUCGGAUCGGCACUGUGGUCCAUCAUACGCGUUUUCCACAAACUGUGAAUUCCCACGGGAAAAAACAUCUCGAAAGGUACAUUAUUAUCGGAGGUCGGCAGCAGCUAUCACACAUUAUGAUGACUGAUUUCAAGGUCUUUCUUUAGUCUGUUGAAAGACAUCCCAAAAUAGCGUAGCGCUUUUAGAGCUAAUAAAACAACAUUGAAUUGUUUCUGUCACAUCACAAAGACGACAUUUAACAGAAGACACAAAGAUAACCUUUUUCUUUAGCCACGUUUUUACCGGCAAGAUUUCAGUGUGAAGUUUAUAAAAGAAAGCCAGGGGAUGUAUACAUUUGACGAACUCGGUUUGUACAUCGUGGCCUGGCCAUUCAAUGCAUCAGUGAUCGGCAAAAUGGAGGCACAAGUAGCAUGUAUAGUAAAUCUUUGUAUAAUGUUUUUCGUGGCACGGAGUAUAAGUUUUCAGUAAAAAAACCGAACUAUCAGAAAAUGAAUGGCCAAGUAAGCCUCUUGCAUCUUCAAUUUCUUCUUCGCAUUUAUGCUUGUCGGGGUUCAUGCCAUAAAACCAGCUAUUAGAGGGGUUCCGCAUCGGCUGCUACCACCCGUCAAUAUGGUGUGAUGGCUAUAGUGAAGGGCCGCCUCACUAUAAUUCGUUCCAAAAAACUAAUGAUCUCACGGGAAAGUCGACCAGCACGACGGUCAGCGCCGUGCAACGGAGAGCAUCGGCGAAAGUAACGAAGGCAAGCGCAUGCGCGUUGAGAGGCAGCCUAUCCCGUUGAGAUAGCUAUGGGUUAGGCCAUUCAAAUCGGCUCGAAGCAGCCCAUGCUGCUUGUUUAUUUGUUUGCUUUGAACGCGUCAAAACAAUCACAGAGAAGACGAAGAUGACUAACUGGCAACUGCCACCAGGAGGAGCACAGUACCUGCCGGCUCUAGGGUGAAGAACAACACAAGAGUAAAACACGCAUGUCCGUCGCACACUCAUCGGGUGGCACUUCACGUCCGGCGAAUGGUCCACAAAUUAGCACAAAAUCGAAGCAGAAUAGUAGGCUAUAAUGGGCAGUCUAGAUUUGUCGGCUUCAAAAAUUAUAGACUGGCUCUGUUUGCUUGAUCACGUUUAGACGCACGAACAAUGGGAAAUAGAAUGUCGUCUGCUGUAGCAUAAGCCAAGAAGUCGGUAGCCUCUGUAAAGUGCGGACCACUGCGAACUGAAGGAGGGACAGUUGAAUAUUAAAUGCCUCAAUGUUUGUGUUGCCACGCAGGAAGCACAGUAUGCACAGAGCACCAGCCCCUGUCGGCGCAACCAUUCACCCUGCACAAAGCUUCAUUAACAGAAUCUGCGCUGUAUAUAAAUCUCGCUGUUAUUAUCCAAAGGGUUUAGUAUGCUAGAAAAUGGAUAAAGCGUACUCGAGAAAUAUAUAUUUUCCUGCAUCUCUUUAAACGGCGUCAUCAUGAUCUUAAAACUCUAAAAUGACUCACGCGUAAGAAAUCUAGAAUUGACGAAACCAGUUUGUCUGUUUGAAAACGUAAUAUUUAUGUUUAAGGGAUAUUUACACUCUGGGCUAUUCGUCCUCCGCCAUAAUUUAAUGUGAAGUGGGUUGCCAGGGUGGGAGGCGGUACAUGAGCGUGAUGCAGAAGUUGGGAUUCUCUACUGCUGCCUGAAGGGGACGUGGCCAUCACCUCCGCUUGAAAUCGAAGAAAGCUACCCACACGAGAAGAAGCAUCCUGGAUCUAACUUAGGAGAGGUGACCGUGUCAUCACAACUUUAUCAUAAAGUUUUACACAAUUCCAUUACUCGCAAGGGGCCCUGAUCAUGGGAAGGAAAUUUACAGAACAAAAAUGGUUUGGAGUGCAUAAGGCCGACAUUGUCAGGUCCGGGCCGAAAGCUGACCAUUAUCAUUGAGAAAAAAAAGGUGUUCAAUCAGUGCAUUCUACCGGCGCUAACAUAUGGGGCAGAAACUUGGAGACUGACAAAGAAGCUUGAGGAGAAGUUACGGACAGCGCAAAGAACGAUGGAACGAAGAAUGUUAGCAGUAACGUUAAGAGACACGAAGACAACGGUUUGGAUCAGACAACAAAAGGGAAUAUCCGAUAUUCUAAUUGACAUUAAGAGAAAAAAACGGAGCUGGGCAGGCCAUGUGAUGCAUAGGUUAGAUAACCGGUGGACCAUGAGGGUUACAGAAUGAGUGCCAAGAGACGGGAAGCGCAGUCAAGCACGGCAGAAUACUAGGAUGAAAUGAAGAAAUUCGCAAGCGCUAGUUGGAAUUGGUUGGCGCAGUACAGGGUUAAUUGGCGAUCGCAGGAAGAGGCCUUGAUCCUGCAGUGGACAUAAAAUAUCGGUUGAUGAUGAUUGAUCCCAGUAGACAUGUGGUCGAUUCUCCAGCAAAAAAGCUGCUGAGUGUUGCAAUUUGAGUGCUAAAUCUGCGACAUAAAUGCCGUAAAGCAAUAUGUCUUACUCUAAGCUAGCUGUUUGAGCACUGCCCCUUUCAUUAAGAAAACGGAUCCUCUGUAUAAAGAGAAUAAAGGAAAGGCUUGGUGGUCAACAACUACUAAGCUCGGUUGGCUGCUCUACACUGGGGAGAGCUCUGCAUCGUCGCAGGAGUUAGGCACAUAUCGAGCGUAGUUUGCUGUUAUUGAGGACAGUAAAAACAAUAACAACUGUGCCAUUUAAAAAAUGGAUGUUUGCAGGGCUUGAAAAUUCGCGAGUUCUUUUUGCAGCAAAGAUGCCAAGUGUGUCGACAACUUUAAUUCUACCCAGGGCAACCUCCAAAAACGAGUUGAGUGACACCUGAGCAGUAUUAAUUUUCGGUGCACACUGUGAUCUGCGAGAUGUCAUCAUUGCGUUUCACUCAAACUUGCCCUGAUACCUAGAAAAAGUAACAUUUUGCGAAUGUGCUUUUUCUUUGGGGCGAUUUUCUGGCAUUUUAUAUUGUCUGUGAUGAUCAAUCAGAACAAUAUCAAGUUCAACUCUUCUGUGGUGCUUUUUUCUUUGACUGUAAUACUGAGGAAUUGAUGUAAAAAAUACUGUAAGAGAAAAUAUAACUAUGAAUUAUUUA